CACAGCACAGCCUGCUUUCUGUGCAUUCGCAUUAGAGGCAACACAGGAUACACACUCACACACACACAUGCGCACACUGGUCACCAUUUACACACUCAAUCAUAUCUCAAACUGGAGUCGGAGUGAGGAAACAGAAUGUCAGGGAAGGAAGCGCUGAAGCCAGUGGGAAAGCAGGAUUUGCCUCAAGUCUACAGAGCUCUUUUCUGACCCAUUCGACAGGAGGUCUGAGGGAGACAUUUUGAUUCAUAAAAGCAGGCAAAUAGCUGAUUAUAGUUUUCAAAAAGCUUUUUAGAUUUAGUUAAGUAGUUGAAACUUCACUCGGUUACCACUCACAAGAUCUGGAUUUUCAAUCAGAGCUCUACAGGUUCUUUCAAAGCCGCAUCAUCUGCCGCCACCAUCGAGCUGCGAGCUGCAGGAGGACACUUCACCAGGUUUACAGCAGAACUACAAGGAAAGAUGAGUCUGUCAUGGAACGGCACGCUUGAGAAGAAUGUAUCCGAUCAGCCCCACACUGAGCCGGGCUCCCCCUCCAGAGCGGGGUCAGGGGUCGUGGUACCGCCUCCAUACUCUCUGGGUGGCAGCGAAGCCGCUGAAACCCCCCUGGAGUUAAGGGGCUCACUAGACUGCUGGGCAUGCUCGGUGCUGGUCACUGCACAGAAUCUGAUCAUAGCGCUGAUCAACGGCGGGCUGGCCAGCAUCAUCUUUGGCACCAUCCUCACCCCUGCUCUUGUCAUGAUCAUAUUCGGCUUCCUCUGCCACUCUACGGUGCAGCCCCACGGAACAUCUCUGUAUUGCUCAGACAUGCUGGAUGACGGCGGCUGCGUGGCUCUGCUGGUGGUGGGCUUUCUGCUGCUCACCCCUCUGCUGGUCCUGGCUCUUGCCGCCUACUGUCGCCUGGCCCGACACCUCCAGCUGGGAAUGUGUUUCAUUCCCUACAGCCGCGCCGUCUACAAGAACCUGCCCGCGUCCCGCCACAGGAGGGCUGAUGCAGGAGGCUGCUGUGGCCAGCAGGGAGCUUCGGAGAGGGAGGGGAAGGGUAGUGUAUGGGUGUAGGAGAGGAGAGGAGGGUUGUAUAUGGUUGUAAUAUGUAUCCCUGUUUAAUGAUUUUUUAUUUUUAUGAAAAGCCAUUGUAAAAAGCCAUCUUAUUUCAUCAUUUAUAAUGAUUGUUUGGUAGUCAAUAUUGCUUUUUUAAAAUACAAUUUCAAUGUAUUAAAUGUAUUUUAUACCUUUUUACAAUAAAGUGUCACUCGACCUGCAAACUGAAACAGGAUGGACUGUGAACUUCAUUUAAUAGUGGGUGAAUUUUAAAGAAGUAUAACUGAAUAUAGAUUAAAGAGUAAAAUAUUUGUAACCCA